GUGACCCCGUGCAGCCCGGCCACCCCCUGCGCCCACGGGCAUUUCUGCGACGAGCACUUCGGGCUGUGCCUGCCCACGCGKCCCGCGGGGCAAUACUGCCGCCACGACCCGCACUGCGCCCGCGGCCUCAUCUGCAUGUUCGGCAAGUGCCAGCAGCCCGCGGCCCCCGGGCACGACGGAGCRCGGUGCCAGCGGGACGAGGAGUGCGGACCCGGCGGCUGCUGCGCCCGGCAGCACGGGGAACGCGUGUGCCAGCGGCGACUGGARCUGGCCCAGAGUUGCCACGUCCCCCCCGGCGGGCUGGCCUUCAGCAUCAACCAGGUGUGCCCAUGCCAGGCCGGGCUGGUGUGCCGGCCCUCCGCUCCCGCCAGAGAGCAGGCGUUCGACUACCGGCCGGAGAAGAGCGAGUGGAGGUGCCGGCAGCCCUGA